UUUUUGAUAAACCCCGAAGAAACCCUUGUCCAUCGACGACUUUCCGGUUCGCCUCUCUUACUGUUGGUACCAUUGAGAGAGAGAGACAGUAGUGUUGAGUUAGAUGAUUAAAGGAGGCAAAACUUCGGUGCUAACAUAUGCUGAAAAAUGCAAGAAUAUAUUGGCAUCUAAUUGGCAAGGUUACCUUAAUACUGUGAAGGCUGAUGCUAAUGGAAGCAAAGGGGAAAUAUACACUUCAAAAGUCCGCUAUUUCGUCAGGAGAGGCAAGCCCUACAUCUGGGUACCUGAAAAUGAUAUGCACAAUGUGAACACAAUGAUAGAUGAGCGCGGUUCUUUUGCUGUGGCCAGUCCCUUCCCAGGUCCACUGCCAAGUUUUCUCAAAUCUAUCAAGAAAUUACCAGCUCGGGUUGCUCUGAUGGGUGAAGUUCUGCCUCUUAAAGAUGAAAAGGCUAGGUUGCCUAGAGACAGCCUUAAGGAAGCCAUAUCAUCUGAAAGGAGCAUGAUUGAGAAGUUCUCUUACUCCGUUUUGGGUAUACUGAAUUCAUCCAGCCUUGGUGCUACAUGCCGAGGUGACAAUCUCCAGGAAUUACUUGAUUCAGACAAAAGAUAUGUUGUCUUCAAGUGCAGCCCAAGUUCAUACAUGUACUUUGACAGCAAUGGAGGGACUCAUGAAGUAGAUCUAGAGGAAGUCCAUGCAACAAAACCUGAUCCUUUAUCAUCACAUACCAUGAGCCUGAUUGAUGGAAUUAAUCAAAGUGAGGUGAGGCGUAGGGCUCUAAUUCUCUUCUGCAUCACGCACUUGAAUAAGAACGCAAAGGAUGCUUAUCUGCUUUCUAUAGAUCGGAAAGGAUUGGAUGUGCUGGGAAAAGUUUUAGGUCCAAUAAGGAGCGAUGGUUCUCGUGAAUAUCAGUGGAGGGAGUUCAGAAUUGCAUUCAGAGAAGAGGCACACACUGUUGAAACAUUCUGCCGCCAGCUUGUUGAAAUGGAGGAGGAAUCACUCAAGAGUAUCUCCAACUUUAGUGGCAUAUAAAUAGGGUGGAAUUAGCAUCACAGAGACAGGUUUGAAUAGAAAGCAAGGAGAACCCACCAGGAAUAACUGCAUCAUGAUUCAUGGGUCACUUUUGACAGAGAAGGGGAACUGCGAUAGAGGGUCCUGGCUAGGAACAGAAGGAUGAACACUUUUAUAAUGCAGAUGAGUGAUCUUGUGAUUUGAGCUGUGUUCAUAUCUGUUCUUGUAACCUAGAUCAUAAAAUGUUAAUAACCUAAGCUGAGCCGUGACACUGUAGUUGAGGAAUGUUAUUCAUUGUGAUUUUAACUGUUAAAAAGCUUAUGGUUGGUGCGAGCUGCAUACCCUCACCUAUUAUAAA